AUGGCAUUGUUCCCCUCCUCGUCGCGUCCGCGCACGCUCAUGGAGCAGCUGUUGGCACGCAAAAUUGAGGCAGCUGCUUCCGCUGCCGGUGGAGGCAGCAGCACUUCCGGUGUUGCCACCGCCACUUCCGGUGCAAGUGCGCUGGGCACACUGGUCGCCGCGAGCACAACUGUUGCGGCAGGUGGCGCUGCCUCAAUUGUGAGCCGACUGCGACGCACCGAUUCACUCGAUUCAACGAGCAGCCUCGGCUCGUUGGCAUUCGGCGAGGACGUUUGUCGCUGCGACGAUUGUUUGCUGGGCAUCGUCGAUUUGUACGUGAUAAGUGCAGCCGAAGCGGCAAAAAAAAGAAGGUAGGUGAAGGCGAAAAGCUUGCGCAUGGUUUGCAACCCGACUAAAAUCGAUCGAAAGCUUUUUGUGUGUGUGUGUGUGUCAGAGAUAGGCAGAGCGAAGCGCUGACAGUUGACAGCUUUGACCAAGUCUCCCAGCUGCUGAUGUU